AUGAGUGUCAAAUCACCUGUUAUGAUCAUUACUGGUGCUUCUAAAGGAAUCGGUAAAGCAGCCACUUUAGAAGCCUUAACUUCAUACAAUGCUAGAGUAGUAGCCAUUGCCAGAAGUAGUGCUUUACUCGAGGAAUUACAAAAGCAUGUGUCAAACGAGUUAAAUAAACCAGGUCAACUUGAGAUUGUUAUUGGUGAUGUCACUGAUGAUAGAGUGAUCCAUAAAGCUGUUAAUACUGCCAUUGACAAAUGGGGAUGUUUAGAUUCUGUCAUUGCUAAUGCUGGUGUUCUCGAGCCUAUUGCUUCUAUUGCUGAAGCUCCUAUUGAAGGUUGGAAGAAACUAUUUGAUAUUAACGUUUUUUCUGUCAUUUCUCUUGUGCAAAAUGCUUUACCUUAUCUUCGAAAGUCAGAAAGAGGUUCUAUCAUUGUUGUAUCUUCUGGUGCUGCAUUGAAAGGAUAUAAAGGAUGGGGUGCUUAUGGCGCUUCAAAGGCCACAAUCAAUCAUAUUGCAACUACUUUGUCGGUUGAAGAACCAAACGUCACAACCAUUGCUCUUCGUCCUGGUGUUGUUGAUACAGAGAUGCAAAAUGUUAUUCGUACUAAAGGUAAAGAGAGUAUGAAGGAAGAUCAUGAUAAGUUUAUCGAUCUUCAUCGUUCUGGUAAACUCGUUAAACCUCAAGAUCCUGGUCAUGUCUUGGCUGCUUUAGCCAACAACCCGCCCAAGGAGCUCUCGGGUAAAAUGUAUAGUUGGAAUGAUGAGGAAAUGAAACCCUUCUGUCGUCGACAAUAG